CACCCCAAAUUCCCACCCUUUUUAUAUCUCUUCCCUUCCAUUCCACAUCCCCACCUCAAAUUGCCUCUUCCUCUCCUUCCUUAAUUUCCAUCUGAUUGGCAUAAGCAGAAAUGGCUUCAAGGAUGAAUUUGAAGAGGAAAUUUCAAGAAUCCUCUGCUUUUCCCUUGGACGAGCUUAACCAAGACAUCCUUGAAACUGUUCUUUCUCGGCUACCCACCUCCUCCUUCGGCCGCCUCGCCACCGUCUGCAAGCGGUGGAAGUCGGUGGCCCAGUCUCCCACUUUCCGUCGCUCCUGCUCGGAGGUCCCUUCUCGAGACCCCUGGUUUUACAUGGUUGAUUCCCAGCUUCCCGGUUCCUCCGUCGCCCCGCCGGUGGUGUACGACUCGUCUGAGGAGAAUUGGAAGUCCAUCGGCGUUCCUUCUUUUCUACCGAAAAUGGAGGGGGACGGGUAUUCUUGCUCCGAUUAUGUACCCGUUGCCGCUUCCGGCGGGCUCCUCUGCUUCUUUAGCGAGUCGGACGGGUUCGUGGUUUCCAAUCCCGUCACUGGAAUGUAUCGUGGGAUUCCCUUGCCGGAUUCCGAUUUCCAGCAGUCCCCUCUCCGGGCCGUCGCUAUGGCUUCUACUCUGACAGCCUACAAGCUGGUAUUAAUCUCCGGCGAAUUCCCGGAGCUCAAUUUCAGGGUUUAUGAUUCCGGCGAGGGCGGGUGGGGAGAAAAAACACUUCUCCGGCGGAAAACCGGCGACUGUGCCGGGAAAUCCAACGCCGAUGAAGAUCUCGAGGAAUACCCACUCUAUAUCUUGAGCAAAUGCGGCAAUUUAUUGUUAUCGGAGUUGCAGAGGAGCCCCUGCAAGCAAUACUCAUCGGCCAUUUCUUCGAAAUCCGGCAAAGAAACUGUCUUCUUCCUCAGUCCCUCCGGGACGGUGGUGGCCUGCGACCUCGCCGGGAAGUGUUUCGUGGAGUACCCGAGACUUCUUCCGCUCCACCACGACUAUUCGAUCGACUUAGUGGAGUGCGCCGGCGAGGUGUUCGCCGUCGUGCUGUCGGAGUACCUGGAGAGCGCAAGCCUGAGAGUGUGGAGAUUCAACGAGGAGAAGACAUGGGAUUGGGAGCAGGUAGUGGCGAUGCCGCCGGCGAUUUCGCACGAGUUUUACGGGAAGAGGGUAGACGUGAACUGCGCCGGCGCCGGUGGACGGAUUUUUGUCUGCGCUUCUUGUCCGGAGUUCUGCAGAUACUUCAUCUGCAACUUGGAAGGGAAUGAAUGGGUUGAAGUGCCAAACAGAGGGAAUGAAUUCAGCUGUGCGUUUUCAUUUCAGCCCAGAAUUGAAGCUUCCACAUGAAAAAACCAAGAAAAUAGAAAUCAAACAAUAGUGUUUGCUUUGAAUUACGGAGUAUACUUUUGUUUCUAUUGUAACAAUGCACACAUUAAACCAUUAAUAUUUCGAAAUAUGUUUAAAUAAAAAUAUAGAUUGAUACUCCUAUCCAAAAUGAAUUAUUCAUUCCGAU